UGGGGGUAAUGUGGGAUGUGUUGUCUUUUGCUGUAUCUUACUGGGUGGCUAGUAGCGAUACGUACGACCCCACGUGCUUACUUACUAGACGAGCUGCAAACACUGCCUGCGACCAACAUUCAUCGUCAUCAUCGCCAUCACCACCAGCCAGACAUUUGACUAUUGCAAUAUGAG